AGGGGCGGGGCUUGCAGUAAACUGAGACUCCGGCCUCGAGAGUGACCUUUCGUCGCUCUGCGACUGCUGUCAGUUUGCCUGGGCAUGAAAUGAAUAUAGCAUCAGAGUGAAGGCAGCUGCUAAAUUUAUGUCUUGGGCUGAGAAGCAUCUUUGGCAUUAGGGGACUGAAGUGCUUGCUGGAGCCUCUUUCCUCGCUGCCAGCCUGGGCUGAAGACGUCUGAUUAUGUCCCAUCGCAAGUUUUCUGCCCCCAGGCAUGGCCACCUGGGCUUCCUUCCGCACAAGAGGAGCCGCCGUCACCGAGGGAAGGUGAAGACGUGGCCCAAAGACGACCCUAGCAAGCCUGUCCACCUGACUGCCUUCCUGGGUUAUAAAGCUGGCAUGACUCACAUCUUGCGGGAAAUCCACAGGCCAGGGCUAAAGGUUUCUAAAAGAGAGGAGGUAGAAGCAGUCACCGUCAUAGAGACGCCGCCCCUGGUGCUUGUUGGUGUGGUGGGGUACAUUGAGACACCACGGGGGCUGAGGAACUUCAAGACCAUUUUUGCAGAGCACAUCAGUGACGAGUGCAGGAGGCGCUUCUACAAGAACUGGCACAAGAGCAAGAAGAAGGCGUUCACCAAGUACUGCAAGAAAUGGCAGGAUGAGGCCGGGAAGAAGCAGCUGGAGAAAGACUUCGCAGCCAUGAAGAAGUACUGCAAGAUCAUUCGUGUCAUUGCGCACACCCAGAUGAAGCUGCUUCCGCUGCGCCAGAAGAAAGCCCACCUCAUGGAGAUCCAGCUGAACGGCGGCACCGUGGCGGAGAAGGCCGACUGGGCUCGCGAGCGGCUGGAGAAGCAGGUCUCCGUGCACAGCGUCUUCAGCCAGAACGAGAUGAUCGAUGUCAUCGGGGUCACCAAAGGGCAUGGGAUGAAAGGAGUGACCAGCCGGUGGCACGCCAAGAAGCUCCCGAGAAAAACACACAAGGGGCUGCGCAAGGUGGCCUGCAUCGGGGCCUGGCACCCUGCCCGGGUGGGCUACUCCAUCGCCCGGGCUGGCCAGAAGGGCUACCACCACCGCACGGAGCUCAACAAGAAAAUUUACCGCAUUGGCCACGGGGUCCACGUAGAGGACGGCAAAGUGGUGAAGAACAAUGCAUCCACCACGUACGACACGACUGAGAAAACCAUCACCCCCUUGGGCGGAUUCCCGCACUACGGAGAAGUCAACAACGACUUUGUGAUGGUGAAGGGCUGUGUGGUGGGCACCAAGAGGCGGGUGCUCACCCUUCGGAAGUCUCUUCUGGUGCACACGAGCCGGAAGGCCCUGGAGCCGGUGGAGCUGAAAUUCAUUGACACGACCUCCAAGUUUGGCCAUGGCCAUUUCCAAACUGCCCAAGAAAAGCGAGCGUUCAUGGGCCCACAGAAGAAGCAUCUGCUGAAGGGCAAGCAGGAACCCCAGGAGGAGUUGUAAAGGGCCUCUUCCGGGAGGGCAUCUCCAAGUUCUCGCUCAGCCCAGAAUUGUCCCUGCUUUGUUUGCUCUGCGAACAGCAAUAAACAAGAUGAACCUGCAA